AUGGCCGCGAAGUCGGAUGGGGCGGCAGUGUCGUUACACAACGACAGCCAGGCUGUGAGUGCUCGCAGUCCGGGGGUGAACUCGCCGCGGGACCGCUACUCGCUCCUGGACUGCUGCUGGACUCUCGGUGCGCUGUUUGUCUUCUUCUCAGACGGAGCAUCCGACCUGUGGCUGGCCGCCGACUACUACCUGCGGCGGAAUUACCUCUGGUUCGCGCUGACUCUCGCCUUCGUGGUGGUGCCGUCCAUAGUGGUGCAGGUGCUGAGCUUCCGCUGGUUCGCCUACGACUACUCGGAGUCGGGCAGCGCCGGUUCAGCCGCGGCUGCAGUGGUGGCAGCGUCCGGGGCUCAGAGGCGCUUCAGCACCGCGGACAGCAGCGUGAAGAACUGCUGCUGCAGAGCCUGCGCCUGGCUCUUCCACAGCAUCGUUCACAUCCUUCAGCUGGCUCAGGUCUGGAGGUAUGUCCAUGCGCUGUAUCUGGGGGUCCAAAGCAAAUGGCGAGGGGAUCACGGCCGCAAACACUUCUACUGGCGCUUGAUGUUUGAAAGCGCAGAUAUCAGCAUGCUGCGGCUGUUGGAGACAUUCAUAAAAAGCGCUCCUCAACUUGUCCUGCAGCUCAGCAUCAUGGUCCAGGCCAGCCAGGUCCUUCCUUUACAAGGCCUAUCUACAUCUGCCUCACUGGUGUCUCUUGCCUGGAUGAUGGCGUCCUAUCAGAAAACUCUGCGGGACUCCCGAGAUGACAAGAUGCCCAUGUCUUACAAAGCAGUGGUGGUGCAAAUACUCUGGCAUUUGUUUACAGUCGGGGCACGUGCUAUAGCUUUUGCUCUAUUCGCAUCUAUUUUCCAGCUCUACUUUGGAAUCUUCAUUGUUGCCCACUGGUGUGCAAUGACCUUCUGGAUCAUCCAAGGCGAGACCGACUUCUGCAUGUCCAAGUGGGAAGAGAUCAUCUAUAACAUGAUGGUGGGCAUCAUUUAUGUGUUCUGCUGGUUCAGCGUGCGCGAGGGACCCACACGGUGCCGUCUGCUUUUCUACACCCUUAUAGUGCUGGCUGAGAAUGUGGCCCUCACUACGGCAUGGUAUUUGUACCGCGGCUCACACACCUCUGAUUUUUAUGCAGUGGUGAUUGUCUGUAUUGUGGCCUGUAGCUAUGCCCUGGGUACCUUCUUUAUGUUUGUCUACUACUGCCUGUUGCACCCAGAUGGCCCUGUGACAGCUGCCCAUCUAGGAUGUGGUACGAUGGAAGGGGGCGCUGUGUCAGAGGCUUGUCUCUCAACAGCAACUUCCGCUCCAGCUCCAGAUGUUGUAAGCAGCCCACCCAGGACAUUGCAGAGGACUAAAGGUGGAGAGCAGGAACUAGGAGGAGAGGGGGUUGAUGUGUUUCAGGUGCGCCCUUCUGCUGGUUUAAGAACUCCUGCACCCCGCCUUACUCCAAAGACAGAGGGGCCGGUUAUUCGCAUUGACCUGCCAAGAAAGAAAUACCCAGCCUGGGACGCCCAUUUUAUUGACCGCAGGCUGCGCAAGACCAUCUUAGUUUUAGAAGGUGCAGCACCGGGGACUCCAAGAAUCCAGUACCGCUGCCUGGGCACACCAAAAGAGGUGAUGGAAUAUGAGACGACGGUGUGAACACCACCACCACUUCAACAUGAGUGG